AUGAAGUAUGUCUCUGAAGUGGCUGCCAUCGUUAACUUCGAAGACGGGAACCAAUCAGACAUCAUUGUUCCUCCUCUGGUGGCGCUGCGGGACCUUGACGCCUUCAUUAAGGGGUAUGUGCAACUAGUUCGCAGCUACGUUCUGAGUUACCAUACCCUUUCUCUCUACACCAUUUCUGUCCAUACUUGGGCUCCCUGGAUUGAAGUGAAGAGCAGCAAGACUGGUCAGUUUUACUACUACAACCGGACCUCUAACGAAUCAGUCUACACUCUUCCUCAGGAUGCGAUAUUGCCUUACGGAAAAGCCAAUUUUUUCAAAGUGCCCUGGACGCGCGCGUCUGCGGAGGACUUCGAUGUUGUACAGUUGGCUCAGGAAGUGCUUCAUUUGGAUUUUUAA